AUGGCUCUCAAAGAUGAUUUAGUCUCUUACAAGAAAACUACACAAAUCUAUGUCACACAGUCCACCACUCAUCAAAGUUCCAGACAAGGACCUAAUUUCGAUCAUGGGGUUUUGACCACACAAGACAAUGGUUCCAGCCUUUUAAAGGGAGCUCUUCCUAGUUUGAAUCCACCAGCGACCAAAUCUAAGGUGGGCUUCCAAGCUUCAGGUGGAUACAGGUCACCAUACAGCGGGGUGCUAGAAUUUCGGGAAGUACAAGGUAACGAGGGAAACUAUUUUAACCCCAGUACUGGCUUUUUUACGGCACCUGUAAAAGGCAUGUACAGGGUCAGUAUUGCCAUAGCACCAAUUGGUUUCAGUAGUAGCAAGCGUGUGGAUGCAGAUGUUUAUCGGCUCUAUAACCAAUCACUUACGGUUUACUCCCUAGAAGAUUUUCAUGGUGGUUCCAAGACAUUUGUAGUUUACAUGGACGCCGGUGAUCAAAUAUUUGCAAUGUCUGAAUAUCUUGUUAAUUGCGGGCAUUUUUCUUGCUCACUUCUAUAAAACAUGAAGUUAGUUAUUAGAUGUUACAGUUUACUUUUAAACAAACAGCAUUGUGGAUACUACUUUCAAUACUAGUAUAUCAAUAAUAACAUGAUAUAUGUAUCAUAUUAAACAUAACAGCUGUUAUUACAAAAACAAAUAUUUAAAAUUAUUUCAUUUUAAAAAGUUGCAUAAAUUAGACGGCUAUAAUAUGGAUUCGAGGUAAAUACUACUUAAUUCGGUUAUUAGGAUUUUAGGGCAAGCUGUCACAUAAUAAUUGGGUAGUUGCUUAUUGAAGACUACAGUAAAGUCAAAUUGUCAAGCGUUUAAUUCUUUGUAUCCGUUUACAACGAUGAUUUUUAAUUCAUAAUUUGAUUUAAAGAAAAUUUUAUGAUUUAUUUAACAUAAUAGUUUGUUCUCCAUUAUUUUAUGUUAAUGUUAU